AUGUUUAAUACAGAUUUAGGUCAUGAUCAAAAAAAACAAGAAAAACUGUCAGUUUCAAUCACAAACUCAACUAUCAAAUCAGUUGAACAACCUGAAAAUAUCUGGUAUGAUACUAUUCAAGAGGUAAAUGUUAAUGUUGCAUAUAUCGAGAUAGACUGUCUAAAUAUAGGGAAUCUCAUUAAAUAUGAAAUCAAAAAAGUGACAGCCAAUGAAAACAGCACGACCAAUGCAGUUUAUCAAGCCCAUUUGUUAGUAAAUGUAGAUAUAACUUUGAAUAUAACAGCUAAAGAUGUUGCUGCUCUUGUUGUUACCGAAAUAGAAGAUGGUAAUGAUUAUUCAUAG